AUGGAGGGCCCUCAGCUCCCGUCUGCCUUCCUGGUCAAAAACCUUGUAGAUAACUUAGGUAGGCUGUGUAAUUUCCGACUUGAAAAGCCUACACAUACACAACAAGAGUGCUUACCUGAUGUCACGUCACAGGACAGCUUUAAGAGGUUCAUGCCUGAGAUCUCUGAUGAUGGAAACAGUGAAAUCUACAGGUUCCAGUGCACCAGUCCAGGCCUGUACCAGUGCCGUGUGACAGGCCUGGUGUUUAACAUGGAGGGAGAAGGGGAUGUAACUUACAGGAUCGUCCACUGGGACCGGAGGCUGCUCGCCCAGCAUCACAAGAAGCCUGCAGGACCGCUGUUUGACAUCAGAUGCCAGCAGCAGUCUGUCUGCAAGCUUCAUCUCCCACAUUGUGAGAUCAGAUCUACAGGUGCAUGUCAGUUCUUGUCAGUGGCUCAUGUGACCGACGAGGGCACUGAUUUCAUCCUUCCACAUGAGAUUACAGAAACUCAUGUUGUUAUCAAGAUCACUGGAUUUUCUGCGUAUGGUAAUGUCAAGGAUGAAGACUCACCGCCCGAUCCGAUCAAGGUGGAGGUGCUGCUGUUCUACACUCCUCCAGUUGAUCCUCCUACAUUCUUCCUCCAUGUGUUGUUGUUGCCUGGAAAUGUUGUGAUCAGGAACGUGCAGUACAAAAGGAGAAAAAUAAAUGGGGUUGAGAUGUACAUAAAGAUACCACCACACUGUAAACUCCAGCCAAAUCAGGAGUACACGCUGUCCACGUCUCCUGAGGAUGAAUCAGUUCUAAUACAACCAAAGAAGGCAGAAUUUGACAACGAAAUCGAUGAAAACUAUUUUGCUAAUUUUAAAGUGACUUUAGAACAAAUCAGGAGAAAUAUUCAUCUGUCUCUCACAGACAGUAACAGCUCCCUCUGUGUAUGGGAAAGGCGAGUUGGUCUUCCAUCAGCUGCCAUAAGGACGCCCCAGGGUCCGAGAGUUGUGGGUCUCCGUCCCGACAUGAGUUUGCUCUCUAUGCGGAGCAGCUUCAUCAGUGGGGUCUCAGGACCUGUGCUCAAAGAUCUGCUGGACGGGCUUUUAGAGAAACGGGUGAUAAAUGACUCUGAGCGGGAGGCAGCACAUGGGAUGCAGAACAAAGCAGACAAGGCUCGUUUUGUCAUCGACACGGUGAGGAACAAAGGAGAAGCUGCUCGUUCAGAGAUGAUAGCGCUCCUCUCUGACAUCGACCCUUUAUUCUGUGGGCGUCUUGGAAUGAGGAGCGAUGAAGAUGAAAUGAUGUCUGAGAAGGUAGCAGCUAGCCCCCCCUCAGCCACACACACUAUGCCAGCUUCUUUUCUCCCCCCCUUCCAAAGAUGUGGAGAAUCCAGCACUUUGUCUCGUUCUCGCAUCAUGCCCUCACUGAGUGAAACUCCCUCCACAAGGAACAGGAAACGUACACAACAGAAGCGAUCUCAGAGUUUACCUGAUCUCAUGUCACAGAAAAGCUUUGAGAGGUUCACGCCUGAGAUCUCUGAUGAUGAAAACAGUGAAAUCUACAGGUUCCAGUGCACCAGUCCAGGCCUGUACCAGUGCAGUGUGACAAGCCUGGUGUUUAACAUGGAGGGAGAAGGGGAUGUGACUUACAGGAUCGUCCACUGGGACCGGAGGCUGCUCGCCCAGCAUCACAAGAAGCCUGCAGGACCGCUGUUUGACAUCAGAUGCCAGCAGCAGUCUGUCUGCCUGCUUUAUUUCCCACAUUGUGAGAUCAGAUCUACAGGUGCAUGUCUGUACUUGUCAGUGGCUCAUGUGACCGACGAGGGCACCGAGUUCAUCCUUCCACAGAUAACAGAAACUCAUGUUAUUAUCAACAUCACUGGAUUUUCUUGGUUUGGUAUUGUCAAGAAUAUAAACUCACCCCCUGACCCGAUCAGGGCGGUGGUGCUGCUGUUCUACACUCCUCCAGUUGAUCCUGAUCCUACAUCCUUCCUCCAUGUGUUGGUGCUGCCUGGAAACGUUGUGAUGAGUGACGUGCAGUACCAAAGGAGAAAAAGAAAUGCAUGUGAGAUUUACAUAGAGACACCACCUGACUGUAAACUCCAGCCAAAUCAGGAGUACAAACUGUCCAUGUCUCCUGAGGGUGAAUCAGUUCUAAUACAACCAAAGAAGGCAGAAUUUGAUGACAAAAUCAAUGAUAACUACUUCCCAACAUUUCAAGUGGUCUUACAUCAAACCAUGAAAAAUAUUAAUCUGCUUCUGAGAGAGAGUAACAGCUCCCACUGUGUAUGGGAAAGUCAAGUUAGUCUCUCAUCAGCAACUGUAAGGAAGCCCCUGGUUCAGAGCGUUGUGGGUCACCCUGCUGUCGAGAUGCUAUGUGCCAAAGAGGAGGAGUUCACAAAAAGGGUCUCAGGACCUGUGCUCAAAGAUCUGCUGGACGGGCUUUUAAAGAAAAGCGUGAUAAAUGAACGUGAGAAGGAAUCAGCAGAUGUGAUACAGAACAGAACAGACAAGGCCAGUCAUGUUUUUGACAUGGUGAGAAACAAAGGGGAAAAAGCUACUUUGAUAAUGAUAGACCUUCUUUACAAAGAAGACCCUUUCCUCUCACAACAUCUUGGGUUGAUUUAAAGGGAAAAGG